AUGUCCGACAAGCCUGAACUUAAGGAGCUCCACGAGCAACUCUUCGAAGAAGGUCUCAAGGUUCGCAGAGCUGUCGUCGGCAACACUUACGUUGACCGAUCCCUUGCCAAUGGAUCAAGUGAAUUCGCACGUCCUGCUCAGGAGCUUGUCACAGAAUGGUGCUGGGGCCACGUUUGGACACGACCCGGUCUUGAGCGAAAGCAGCGAAGCCUGCUUAACCUGGGUAUGCUUAUCGCCCUGAAGGCAUGGCCGGAGCUGGCUGUCCACACCCGUGGUGCUAUCAACAAUGGUCUGACCGAGAAAGAGAUCAGUGAGGCUGUCCUGCAGGCUACAAUCUACUGUGGUGCCCCUGCUGGACUGGAGGCUUUCAAGAUUACAGAGAAGACUAUCAAGGAGAUGAUUGAGAACGGAGAGUACAAGCCAUCAUGA